GGCUCCUUCAGUCCGGGUCGUCGUCAGCGGCGGCGGGAAGUUAGGGGGGGGGAGGGAAAAUAUAUAAUAACAAAAAAAACCCAGCCCCCCUCCCCGCUACCAUGACAAAAGAAACAAUAAAAACACCGUAGCAACACCACAGGGUUGGGGGUGGGAUAGGGUGUAUUUUUGUUUUUUGUAGAGAAAGCACCGUCACUUCAGAUAACCGCCCGCUUUUAUUUUUAUAUAUAUAUAUGUUUAUAAGUCUACGCUCUAUUUAAUGCUAAGUAUGCGCAGGAAUCGGACUCCGGUGGAGUGGGAUUAUGCUGCUGCUGCUUCAGCUGGUUGUCCCGAGGAGCUGCUGCUGUUGUUGCUGUUGUUGCUGCUGGCCUUCGCUGGGGGAGUCGGUAUCUGCCGUGCGACUAACUCUCUGAGGGAGGGAGACACCGUGACCCUGACCCUGACCGUGACCCUGACCGUGACCCUGCCAGCGGCGGCACCACCGCCCCCCGACUCGUCACUCACCGCUCUCCUGUCGCCCCCUCUCUCCUCUUAGCCCCGCCGUUCCUGCCGGUUAUGGAGGUGGUGGGCGAUUUCGAGUACAACAGGAAAGAUCUCAUAGGACACGGAGCCUUUGCUGUGGUCUUUAAAGGCCGCCACAGGAAGAAAUCCGACUGGGAAGUAGCUGUGAAAUGCAUAAACAAGAAAAAUCUGUCAAAAUCUCAAAUUCUGCUCGGGAAAGAAAUCAAGAUAUUAAAGGAGCUUCAGCAUGAGAACAUCGUAGCACUUUAUGAUGUUCAGGAGACUCCAACCUCUGUUCAUUUGGUGAUGGAGUAUUGCAAUGGAGGUGACCUGGCAGAUUAUCUGCAAGCUAAAGGGACACUUAGUGAAGACACCAUUAGAGUCUUUCUUCAGCAGAUUGCAGCCGCUAUGCGAAUACUUCACAACAAAGGGAUAAUCCAUCGGGAUCUGAAACCACAGAAUAUUCUACUAUCUAGUGUCAGCCGGAAAAAAUCUCAUAUGAAUGGAAUUCGUGUCAAAAUAGCUGACUUUGGCUUUGCCCGGUAUUUACAGAGUAAUAUGAUGGCUGCCACUCUUUGUGGGUCCCCCAUGUACAUGGCACCUGAGGUUAUUAUGUCGCAACAUUAUGAUGCCAAGGCAGACCUCUGGAGUAUAGGCACAGUAAUCUUUCAGUGUCUUGUUGGAAGGCCUCCUUUCCAGGCUAACAGCCCACAAGAUUUAAGGCUCUUCUAUGAAAAGAACAAGACUUUAGUGCCUAAACUUGUACCGGUGAUGGCACCGCAUUUAUCAAACAGCAUCCCAAGCGAAACUUCCAGUCACCUGGGUGGCCUAUUGCUUGGCUUGCUUCAGAGAAACCAGAAAGACCGAAUGGAUUUUGCAUGCCCUGUGCCUGUACCCACGUGCCCUGGUUCUGUUUCUGGUAGUUCUUGUGGCAGCUCUCCAUCUUGUCAUUUUGCCUCUCCUCCUUCGUUACCAGAUAUGCAACGUAUACAGGAAGAUGCUCUGUCUUCUCCUCCUGUGGGUCCGCCUAAUUAUCUGCAGGUUUCCAAAGACUCUGCCAGCAGUGGCAGUAAGAACUCUUCAUGUGACACAGAUGACUUUGUUCUUGUUCCACAUAGCAUCUCCUCAGAUCAGUCAUAUGACAUGCCACUGGGGACACUUGGCAGGCGAGCUUCCAGUGAAUUUCUGAUGUGUGGAGGAGAUGAAAACACCAAUAUAAAUCCAAGUGUGGCGAUUAGGCCGUGUCCACCUCCAGUGUCGCCUCGCACUGAGUCAGCUCCGAUUCCAGUCCCUACUCAGAUUCGAAACUAUCAGCGAAUUGAGCAGAACCUGCAUGUAACUUCCAGCCACAACACCAACCCCUAUGGGUCACCCAGAUCUGGAAUGGUGAAGAGAUCGAACACAAGCCCAGUAGGUUUUGUGAAACCAACAUCUGGGUCACCAGCUGCUGCAGAUGCACCCCAAAAUCCAGGCCGCAGGCUCUCCACUGGAUCCUCUCGGCCUUACUCGCCUUCACCUCUGGUUGGAACUAUCCCUGAACAGCUUAGUCAUUGCUGUUGUGGUUUGCCUCAGGGACAUGAGUCAAGAUCCAGAACACCAUCAGGCUCACCUUCUCCUCAGUCUCACUUAUUGGGUGCCAGACUCCAGAGUGCUCCAACUCUUACUGACAUCUACCAGAGCAAACAGAAACUACGUAAGCAGCACUCGGACCCAGUCUGUCCUUCAGCAGGGUAUGGAUGUAGCCACUCUCCACAGCCUAGCAGACCAGUUAGCCUUGGUACUUCCCCAACAAAGCACAUGGGAACGUCUCCACGGAGUUUAGAUUGGCUGCAUAAAACCCCACUACCCACCAUCAUUGGAUCACCAACAAAGACCACUGCUCCUCUCAAGCUGCCUAAAACUCAAGCAUCUUCCAAUUUGCUUGCCUUGGCUGCACAGCAGGGAUUAACUGAGAGUCCACCAAUGCAGUCGAAAGCCGUGUUGGAGGCUAGGGAAUUCUGCACCUACCAUUAUCCACACGGAAGUGCUAAGUGUACAGCUUCUGAGGAGAACAAAACUACUUUUGGCAGAUCUGUAAGUACAGGAAGAUUGUCAGAUCAGGUAAUAAAGACCACAUUUGGAGGACAGACAUAUCAAGGCAGCACAGACAGCCUCAAUACGGAACGUCCAAUGGACACAGCUCCAGCAGGUGCUUCUGGUUUGACAAUGGGUUCCCCUGCCAUGGUGAUAGGAGUGAGCCCAAGGACUGUGGUGUUCACUGUAGGUUCACCACCAAGUAGUGUCACCCCUCCCCAUAGCAGUCACAUGGUCACCAGAACAAGAACAAUGUCAGUUGGCUCAAACAGUCCACUUGGAUCUCUCUGCUCCAACAGCGGAAGAAUUUGCAUGGGCUCUCCACCAGGUGCUUACAUGGGUACCUCACCUCCUGGAGCUGAAGGUCCUUCCAGUUUGAAGUACAUGACGUUUGGUACCUCGCCUCCUAGCUUAGAAGGGUUUAUCACAUUCGAAGCUCCAGAAUUGCCAGAAGAGACCUUAAUGGAGAGAGAACAUACAGAUACCUUGCGACACCUGAACACAAUGUUGACGUUUGCAGAAUGCAUUAUGGAUAUUGCAGUGGUGAAAGGAGGCAGUGUGGACCUAGGCACCUCUGCUGCCUCCCUCUACCAAAUCCAGGAGAGUGUUGUGGUUGAUCAGAUUAGUCGUCUCAGCAAGGAGUGGGGACAAGUGGAGCAACUUGUACUAUACAUGAAAGGAGCUCAGCUGUUGGCAUCUUCUUUGCAUCUUGCAAAAGACCAGGUUAAGUCAGGCAAGCUGAACCCAUCUACAGCAGUUAAGCAAGUUGUUAAAAAUAUGAAUGAUCGAUACAAGUGCUGCAUCUCCUUUUGCAAAAAGUUUACCGAGAAACUGAAUCGUUUCUUCUCUGAUAAGCAGAGAUUUGUGGAUGAAAUCAACAGUGUUACUGCAGAGAAGCUCAUCUACAGCUAUGCGGUGGAAAUGGUGCAAUCAGCUGCACUCGAUGAAAUGUUCCAGCAAACAGAGGACAUCACAUACCGGUACCACAAAGCAGCAUUAUUAUUGGAAGGCUUGACAAAGACUCUGCAAGAUCCUGCUGAUAUUGACAACAUCCACAAAUACAAGACCAGCAUUGAACGCAGACUGUCUGCACUGUGCCAUGGCACAGUGGCUCUAUAUGAAAACUAGCCUUCUGAAAUGGACCACUCACAACAGAGCAGGGACCACCACCUUUCCUGGAUCACGCUCAGUCUUGGAGAUGCCUUUUCCCUUUUUGUUUUAAUGUUUACUUCCCCCAUCUCUAUUGUGGAAAACUGUUCAUACUGAGGCUGUUACUUUUCACCGCCAGUACCAUCCCACGUAGCGAGGAACGUUUGAUUUUUGUUUUGAAGAGUUACCAAAGAGGAGUUCUUGUUUCAAAGGAAAGGAAAUUUAUGUAUAAAUAUAGAUUACUACUUCUGGAAAACCCUCUCAACGAUGUAGCAUUUUCUUUCAUUUCAUUUUAUCUCAGAGGUGAAGUAUGAGGCAGAUUUACUACUUUUGGCUUCAAAAGCCACCUAUAUCACUGGAGAGCAUUAAUACAUGCAUGGGAGUAAAACUGAAGCUUGUUUGUUUUUGUGACAGGACUCAUGGGUACUCGGAAACUGAUUCAGAAACAUUUUGCUCCAUCUGAUUAACUUGUGUAUAUACAGUACUGUGCUGUGGCAAAUUGGCAAGUUGUCUUUCUCCAAGUGAAACUUCUACGGUCAUUUUUAAACACUAAUGAUGUGAUAAAUGAGCCACAGUUAUUUACAGUAGUUUUAAGUUUUACCAGGAUAACUGUACAACCAGUCAAAGGCAUGAAAUGCCUUCCAUCUUCUGCUACAUCAUAUACAUGUCAACCCAUGAAAACUGAUCAUCAAGGAGGAGUAAAGCACUUUAUGUGGAUAGGACGUUGACAGCAAGACAUGAGGGGAUGGCUACAGCUCACCUCUAUGCUUGUAAACCUGACAUCACUUUGGAUGGGCAGAGAGAGGGGAUUUUCUUGUUAAUUUUCUUCUUUUUUCCUCGAAGCUCCUGAGACAGGAGCUAUUGAAACCACAAAGACUGCUCCAACAGACAACCACUUCUGAUUGCACUAUCACAGUUCUUUGAACAUCUUUAAUGUUAUGCAGAACUCCUUGUAAAAUGACACAGCUUAAAAGCUGUACUGAAGAAAUAGGAAAUAAAGAAUACUGUCCUAAUAGGUUAGGCUCCAACGCAUUCAACAAAACAAAUUUUAAAUGUGUUUUGGAGCAAGAAGCACAAAGUGCUUGACACUUUAACUAAAAAGACUGCAAAAAAAAGCGUGUUAAUUACAAGCCUUUCCAUUUUUUCUACUUAUUAAAUACUUGAGUAGUUCAUAUAGAGCAACUGUCUGUAUAUAAUGAAACUAGUAUUUUUUUCUCUUUCUGCCAGUGAUUGACUUUUAAACAAUAUUUUUUGGCUGGCUUUGUGCAUGUAUUCAGUGUGAUUGUGCCACUGAACUGAUCUGAUAAUAUUGCUAACAACGCUGUUUGUUCAGACAGUAUUAUGGAGUUAACGCAUUCUUCCUGUAGACUGACAACCUGUCGUGCAGACUAAUGUAACAUUUGGUAUUUUCAGGGGUGGAAAAAACACAUUAUCAGGACUCCGGGAACCAGAUUACAAAACAAUGUGGACCUUUUUGAAUCCCAGGUUUUGCUUCUAGAGGGUAGUUUUGUCACUCGUAUGAACUAAAGAAUUUGAAGUUCUUUUCCAAACCUGUGUACAUCUUGCAUGUAGGUGUGCAUCCACCUAAACAAAGUGAACAAGCACAAUUGUUCCAUUUUUCUAUCAUACGUAAUCAGUUGAACAAUUCUGGUUUGGCAAUAGGCAUCCCACAGUCUGGUGAAGGGUUGCAAUUAAGCUGACACUAAUCUAUUUGAUUAGAAAUUUUAUUUUUGUAAUUUUAAAAUGAAAUAAAAGCAGGUGGUAACUGUAGUAUAAGGGAUGACAUCUGUGUGGUACGCUAAUGAGACACAGUAUGCAUCAUUACAGGAAAUGAUGCAAUGUCACAUGAUCUUGUUCUCAUGCAGUCUUGUGGCAAGAUGAAGCUUCCUUUAACGCUUCUUAAAUAAAGUUACUGUUUUCCUUACUUCAGCAGACUCUGUAAAUGUUCUUUAGCAUGAUGAGCCCAAGAAUUUUAUAUGGUGGCAGGAAAUGAAAGAACAGAAUGGGAAAGUCUCUGCCAUUACUGGAGACUUUCCAGCAAGUUACAAGUCCUAAUCAAGUAAAAGCAUGGCUAAGUUGGUACCAGAGAUUUGUAAGGUGUCUCUCAAACCGGAGCAGUGAGCAGGUCAGUACACUACUGCAUCCAAUAAUGGCUGUGCAUAUGAUACCCUAAUCAGUAAAGGGAUUGACUUAGAAAACAGUUGAGGAAGUAAGGAAAAGAUUCUGUGCCUACUUCAAUCUGCUAAGCUUGCCCAACAACAAGGGAAUUCUAUUAAUGCCUUUAAUUGUAAAGAGCACUGACAGUAUAGCAAAUUAGAAGAAUUAAUGAGAGACAGAAUUGCAUUUCUGAACUUAGAUGAAAUACUGUCCAAUCACUUGGCGGUUGAGUAACUUAACAUUAAAGGCAAUUCAACAGAGCAGGCAAACUGAGGAGAGGCAGCAAAAUAAACAGGUAAUUUGGGGGUGACAGAGAGCCAUUUCCCAAACAAAAUGACUGAGUGAAUAUGUUAAGUUGAAAAGCAGGGAGGUGGCCCUAGAUAUACUGGAGGCAGGAACAUGUACAUUAACUUCCCUGGGUUAACUGUUAUUGGUGCAGCAGCAAAAAGCACAGGUGGGGAAAUUGUAUCUCCAAAGAGACAGGAGGCCACGUGUACUAAGUGUCACAGCAAGAAAUUUGUACACCACUCAAAAGACAGCAGGAUCAGUGAAAUAGAAGAUAUCUAAUGUGGCAAUGCCUUUUUUGGUAAGAUCAGGGAAUCGAGCAAAAGCGACUGGAGUGCUGAUAACAGAGGGGAAACUAGACGUGUGAUAAGUUAUUGAAAAAAUGUGAUGCUGGAAAAACACAGCAGACCAGGCAGCAUCCAAGGAGCAGGAGAAUCGACGUUUCAGGCAUAAGCCCUUCUUCAGGAAUGAUAGCGUGAUAAGUUAGGCUUGGGUGCACCAGUUUUGCUUUUUACUGCUGCUGUACUGUGGUUGGAGAACCAUCCAGCACCAGAGUUGCUCAUCCUUAGCAGGAAUGCUUGUAUCAACUUGUGCAAAGUAGAGGAACUGGAAAGUCAAGAAGGUUAGCCUAAAAUUUAUCAGGGUUGCAUAGGAAAGUUAAGGACAGUAUGCUCUCUCUCUGUGUACUGAAUGAUAGCCAGUGUUUCUGUCUAAAAUCUCAAAGGUUACUCACCAAUUCCUGUAGAAGAAAAUUGACUCUGUUGAAUUGAAAGGUUCUUUCACCUGUGACUUAACCAACAAGUUAGUGUUUGAAGUUUGUCUGAGUGCCAAAGCUGAAUAAAUCUAUUGGAAUUUGCAAAGAUCUUGCACAGGUGAACAAAUUCAGUUAGAUGUGAAGUUCAUGCUGCGUUGUCUGCCGAAGAGCGCUUAACAAAAAUGGAAGAGUGUUUAAUUUUCAUGACGCUAGAUACAAAUAGCAUUUUCUUUGGCAAUUAUCCUUUUAUGAGGAAUCCAAGAUGCUCUGAACCUUAAUUAUACCUUGAGAGGUUUUGUCACAACCCUUUACCCUGCUUCAGAUCAGCGUCAGAAAUCUUUCAGAGGGCAAUGUCAGGCAUUCUGGUAGGACUGGACGGAGUUAUAUGUUACAUUGGUGACGUACUGAUCCAUGGCCGCACUAGGAAUAUGAUAAGUUGCAUUAUUCACAGGAAGCAGCACUUAGACCCAACAACUGAAGGGGAUUCUCACAUCUAACAAUAAAAUGCUUUGAGCAUCUUGUGGAUGCGUCUGAUGCUGGAGCUGAUCGACAGAAAGCAAGAUCAGUAAAGGGGGUUUCCAGCUUCUCAAGCUGACUGAGUUCCAGAGAUUCAUGGUUAUAGUAAAUCUAGUUUGCCUUCAGAAGCACCUUUCAAACUUGUGACCUCUACCACCUGGGAAGAUAAUAGCAGCAGAGACAUGGAAGCGCCACCACCUAGAAAUUCCACACCAAACCUCUCACGAUCCCGAUGGAACCUUUCCUUCAGUGUCACUGGGUCAAAUUCCUGGCAUUUCCUUUCUUAACAGCAUUGUGGGUGCACCUACUCCCAUGAACAGCAGUUCAAGGUGGCAGUUUAGCAACACCUUUUCAAAGGAACUUUCAGGUUGCAGUAAAUGCUGUCCUAGCCAGCAGUGUCUACAUCCUGUUAAUGAAGCAGAAAGAUUCUUGUCCAAACUAGUGGUCUUCAAUGAACUGCUACAACAGUUACAAGACAAUACACAGCCUUUGAAAGGAGUGCAGCACAGAUCGUCUGAGAAAAUCGAAGAUGACAUCAACAUCUCUGAUAUUUUAAAUCAUCGUAAUCCAGAGUUGCUCACUUAUUGAAGAUGUAACUUUGCCAGCAUAGGGUGUGGUACUCUUUCAGAUACUGUAUAGAAUGAGAGACGAGGUCUAAUUGAUAUAUGCUAAUGAGACAAUAUAUCACAGGGUCUGAUGAAAUGUUACAUGAUCUUGCUGUCUCUUACAGCCUCCUGUCAAGAUGAAGCCACAAUAAGUGAAUACUUUCCUUACUUCAGCAGACUCUGUAAAUAAUCUUUAGCACAACAAAACCAAGAAUAUUAUGGCAACAUAGAAAUAAAUACAUGUUUUAGAAAAGCCAAUGCUAAAGUGUAUUCUUUAGGUUUAGAAUCAGCAACCAUGUUCUUAUCUAUUUCUUCUUCCCACCUGUCAAAUUUUGUCCUUUCUGCAAACUGACCAGGCUGACAGUUUUAUUUUUAAAACCGUUUUGUCUUCUGCACAGAACACCAAAUUUAGAGUCAUAUUUGUGACCAAACGUGUCUCCAUCUCCAGAUUCUCUGGGCAGUCUUCCGGAGUUGGUAAAUAAAUUUUUCCACCCUUGAGCAAUUUUACUUUACCAUUUUUUGGUUUGUUUUAUUAUUCAGCUGCUUGAAUACUUGAAUAUUGAACUAAAUUCAUUCAUAACAAUCAUGUUUCAUGUCCCAGAGACAGUUGUAUUCGAUAUAUUUUCCAUGGGCAAUGAAUUUGACUUGUUCAAGAAAGCCGUCUAAACUGUUUUAUUUCCCCCUUGCUUUAUUUUAUGAAAGGAUCUAACAUAUUUUAUUUAUCUGUAAACAAUUCCAUUAAUUCUGAAGACAGUUUUUAUUUAUAAAAUAUUUGUACUAUUAGGUCUUUAAUACAGUGUUUCUACCUCUCAUUUGUGUAUAACGGCAUGCAUACUCAAAGAAAUCAGGUUGCAAUCACAUUCACUUGUUAUGUAGCAGCCUUUUUAAUAUGGCCUGUAAAGAUGUACAUUAAGACAACGAAAAUAAAAUUGUCAUGAAAUAUUA